AUGGUCUUCAAUUACAUUUCUGUUGCACGUGACCCAUAUUAUCGGAACGUGGGAUUGGUCACCCUGGAGGACGUCAUCGAGGAAAUCAUCCAAUCAGAGAUAUACGAUGAGUUCGAUACUGUCACGGACAACAUCACCCACUUGCCCCGCAAGACCCACCAGAAGGACUACCGCGUCUUCAACAAGUCCACCAACCUCAACUACCCUCACCUCUCACCCCAACUCCGCAUGGNCACCUUCCAGUUUCUAAGUGCCACUUUGAUCCCCUUCCGCCCACCUCACAUGACGGAGCGCAUCCUGCACAAGCUCCUCAGCCAGAACAUCAUCAUCAACUACAAACUGACAGACGGUAACCACAGGCUGUUCCAGGCCGGCAAGAUGUGCGACUACUUCAUCCUCAUCGUGCAAGGUCGCGUGGAGGUCAAAUGUGGCAAGGAGAAUCUGACCUACGAAACUGGCUCCUUCUCCUAUUUCGGUCUCCAAGCUCUACUUGUGUCUAAGGCCACCAGCAACUUCUCGAGCGACAUGCGCACUUCCAUCGGCUCCUCACCAAUCAGCAAACCAAGCGUCACCAUCCUGUCCAAUGAUACUCUUGUUCUCGCUAAUUCUCCAUUCGUUCCUGACUACAACGUUCGGCCGACAACGGACCUGCAGUACCUUCGCUUGCGUCGGGAGCAGUACGCCGUGGCGUGGCGGGCUUCUCAACUGGAGCAGGAACUCAUGCAGGCCCAACCGACCGCCAAACAACUUGAAUCGGCUGACGAAACGUUCGAGCGCGAGUGGCGUCGUGCCAGCCCGCUACUUCUAGCCGAAACCAUCGACUUCGCUAAGGCGAAGAGACAAGCGCCACACAUCGGCAGCGGCUACCAAGUAACUCAAGGAAAUAUCUCGCCCCCGUUCCAACAGCAGCAGCAGCAGAUCAGCUUCCUACAAAACUUGAGGAAGACCCUGGGACUGGUCACCGCGGCCAACAAAGAUGAUAAGUCGGUCACUUCCAGUAGGUUUCUUCCCGCAUCCGUCUAUAAAACUCCAUCCUCCAGUCGGUUAGGGAAAGAUUCGGCUGGGGAGGAGAAGUUCCAAACGGCUUUCCAGCAACUGCAACAACAACAGCAGCAGCAACAACAACAAAUGAUGAAUGGCGCGACAUCAGCCUUUGGGUUCUCAUCGCGUAAAGCGUCCGCCAAAAAUGCGGCAGCGAUCCAGGGAGCUUUUGAUAAGAAAUCAUUCUACAACUUGAAGAAGACCGCCUCGCUGGUCGACUCGAGGAGCGCCGACAGGUUGGCGAAGCUUUCGACUUCAAGUCUCAACCUUUCUCAACACCCUCACAAAGAUUUCUCCUCGCGAGCUUCCCUCACCGCCCUGCAACUUCUCCACGACAAAAACACGAAAACGACGAGUUCGCUGAGGACGCUGACCCAGCAGCAGCUGAGGAAGCAGUCCAAACCAUCGCACACGCCGCAACUGCAACCGGCCGUGCAACGACGAGUCACCAUUCAGUCGCUAGGUUCUGAAAGUCAACAAUUUCAAGAACUACAACAGCCAAAUCAGCAGCAACAACAACUGCAGCAACAACAACAAUCACAACAAGAACAACCGCAACAACAACGACCACAAAAACGUCUGCUACCAGAUACAAAAGUUUCAAAAAGUUUCCUGAAGGCGGGCAAGAAGAAAAAGUUUAGCAAGAGCCGCUCCAAUACAGACAGCACUGACCCCAACAGCAGCCGGAACAACGAUGGGGACGACGAAGAUGGUGGUGGUAACGAUACUGCCGGUGAUGAUGAUGAUCAUUAUAAUCACGUGAUCUACGGCGACGGUGGUAGUAAUGAUGAUGAUGUUAGUAAUCAACAGCGACCGCCAGAAGAACAGCCCAGCAAAGUUGAUGACGUCACGAUUGAUGUCGUCGUUGGUGAUGAUGAUGAUGACGAUGACCUCAACAACAACAACAACAACAACAACAACAACAACAACAUGGCUCCAUCUUAUUGUUACGACAACAAUCCCGACUACUACACCGUCCACCACUCCGACAACACCAACCUCAACAGCCACCCCAAAAGCCACCGCAACAUCCACAACCACAACUUCUUCUCAAGUCCUGACGGAUAUAACGUCAGUAGCGACCGCUGCAGAAGCGUCAACAGAAACCUCUACUACAACAAAGACAACAACGACAAAGUUUACAUCCGGUUAGGUGAUAGCAGUAGUAACGAAGAUGGCGUCAGCAGUCGCGAUGACAUCGUCAUCAGACCCACUUCCGGUUUGGCGGCAACUACCGCUUUGGCGCAAGACCGGGGUCGUGAUGGUGGGGGUGAUACUGAAGAAGGAAAUUUGUUGAAUGUCGCUGAUGGUGACGAUAAUGAUGAUGAUGGUGGAAAGAAAGUUUCCAAAAGAUGA